UAGCGAGCACAAAACGAGAGUCUUGUGUGUCUAGUCAAUCCAAGGCUAGCCAGCAGUUCGCAAGUACAACGAUCCGCGCGCGCGUGAAGAGUCGAUUUUUGGCCUGUCGCGUGCACGCGGCCCCCCGUCGUUAUUACAUUAUAUUAUUAUCAUUGCUACAGCUCGUACUGGUGUGCGCGUGGAAAAAUACAAAAAAAAAAAAAAUCUAAUCGAGUGCGCUCGAGUUUCUUUUUUUAAGUUGUUCUCGUUGUGUUGUUUGUGCGCAAAAAAAAGCUUCCGUUGUAUUACCAUAUGAUCCGGUGAUACAAACAUAAGUGUGGAAAAAACAAUUUCGCUCGAAGGGACUCUUUGUCAGGAUCGUUUUAUACAUACGUAUACCCAGCCUGCUGCAGCAGUCGGCGGAUCGUCCACGUGGAUAAGAAAAUAAAAAAAAUAAAUAAAUAAGCCAAAAUGGAAAAAAGCAAAAGUGCCGUUUCACAAGCCAGGGGGGCUCUGGUGAAAGCGAUGUAUCUGGCGCUCUUCGUCGCGGCGGUCUCGCCACAGUUCGCCGAAGGAGUUAUAUGUUAUCAGUGCAACAGCGAGUACGACCCGAGGUGCGGCGAUCCCUUCGAUCCGUACAGCCUCGGCACGGUCAAUUGCAGCUUUCAGCCGCGUCUCGAGCAUCUCAAUCAUCUCGAGCCCACGCUCUGUCGAAAAAUCACUCAGAAAGUUUACGGGCAGGAUCGAGUCGUGCGCGGCUGCGGCUUCGUCACGGACGAGAAGGCCGACGACAAGGCCUGCCUCAUGAGGACCGGCACGCACGACGUACGAGCCCACUACUGCUCGUGCACCACCGAUCUCUGCAACGGCGCCGAGUCAUUCGUGGCAGGCUCGGCGAUCCAGCGCUACGGUCUGAUCGGGGCCAGCCUGACGCUGCUGCUGCUGGUGACGCUUCCGUCGUCGUCGUCGUUGUCGUCGUUUUGUAAUUUCAACUGAGGAGGUCCUUGCGCCGCCGCCGCCACUGCAAAGCUCUCGAAGCCGCACCACCGCUGCUGCUGCUGCUUCAACAUUCUUCGUAAACGAAAAACACAGAGCAGAUGAGAGUUAUAUAAUAAUAAUAGUUGGAAAAAAAAUACAAGAGAGUCCAUACGAAUUUUCAUAAUUAUACAUUCAUCAUCGAGUACACGCAGGCAUUCGUUCGCGUCCAAUUUUUUUUGGGACGACCAAAAAAAAAAGUAAUCAUCAUCAAGAGGAGAUCUCAGUUGUGUGUGUAUGUAUGUGCACUAGAGAAGAGGAGCGUAUGACGAGUGAGGGGAAAAUUUUUUUGAAAAAUAUUAAACAUAAUGGAAGCGAGAAGCGCAAGAGACAAAGAGCUGAAGUACUGCGUACGACGAGCUCCCGGAUACAUAUAGAUAUAUUUAUUAUUAAAAUAAUAAUUAAUUACUAUUAUUUAAUAUUAAAAUAAUAGUAAAAAAUAACAUUUUAUACACGUGUAAGGUCGAAGGAUUGAAUACUAAAAGGAGCUAAAUCAUCAACUUGGCAAUAAAUCGGGUCAAGAGAGAAUCACAGGAAGUGUGCUGCACGAUUCGUUGUUCUUCUUUUAUAUUUUUAUUUUAUUUCUCUCCUUCCUUUACUUUUACGCAAACGAAUAUAAAAUAAUAAGUACUGUAUACGUUUUGCCCCGCCGCCGUUCUUCGUACUGUACUGCCAGUCCUAUGUAUCACUCGCCGAUUUUUUUUUUCUUCAGUCGAGAGCUGUGCAGAUCGAUUCUCCUCCGUGCGUAUACAUCGCUCGUUAUUACACCCGAGAGGAUCUUAUAUAGUUAAGGCCAAAGUUUUGUCGAAUCUUGUUAUAUAUAUAUUCGAAUGUAUGCGUGCUGUGAGCGAGAGAGAGAGAGAAAGAAGGAUCGAGUGCGUGCAUGAGAGAUGAUCGUGAAAACUUCCACAAUUCGAUCGAACGAAAAAAUAGUUUAAAAAAAAAAUGAGAGCGCAUUUUGCUUCGUAACGCGUCUAAAGGCUAAAAAAAUCACCCGUUAUCCACGACAAUUCACUCGCGCGAUAAUUGCAUGACGCAUUAAAAUGAUUAAAAUUAAAAACAUAAAAAAUCAACAAAAAAGGAAAAAAACUGAAAUUAACAAAACACGUCCGUUUUACAUUUACUGUACACCAAAAAUUAUUACAUAGCUAUAUUAUAAUUAUUAUAAAAUAUACAAAAGAGAGAAAACUAUAAUUAAAAGCGAAAUGGGGGGAAUAUGAUAAGGCAAUUUUUUGUAGUCCGAGUUAUUUAAAAGCAUUCGUAUUAUAUACAUAUAAUAUAAAUAAAUAAUAUUAUCAUGAUUUCGAAUGUAUUUACAAUAAUUGAAAACCAAAUAGAGAUGAGCGGCAGAGCUAACGUGGCCAAAGGCGAAUUAAUAUCGACCACAUAAUACGUAUUAAUUAUUAUGUAACGAGAUACGUUUUUCAUUUUGUAAUUCAAGCCCAGCUUAAUUUUAUUAUCCAAGAGAGACACACACGCAUACCGCACGCAGACACACGCGAGCUUGUUUUGUUAUAUGUUCAGCCAAUCGCACCGUUUAACAGUAACAAAAGUGACGCAGGGGGGCACAAGAGGCCACAAGAGAGCCGAUCGAUUGAUCUGCGCAUCCAUAUUUAUAUCUAUAGAUGUAUAUUAAUUCAGAGAGCAAUCGAGCGACUCGAGUUCGCCCGCAGCGGCGUGUGAAAUAAAUAUAAAAAUAUAUAUUUCAAAAUGCACUCGUGCAUUUCAUGCAAUUGAAUUAAUAAGCACGAAUGAAGAUCAAACGGCGAUCAACAACAUCGAUGCACAGAUAGCAGAAACAAUUUGUCACGGCCCGCUCGUCGUUUUCUAAACGCAGAUGAAACUUAUAUACUGAUUACGAGUUUGGUUUUUUCUCAAGGAAUUGACGAUAUUUACCAAAGUUUGCUGGAUUUGCAAUAGUUCGUAAUUAGGUUGAUUUAUAAAGAUGAAAAAAAAUUGGAGCAAGUAACUUGAAGAAUUAGAAUGCGGCGAGCAAAAAAUUAAAUAAAUAGAAUAAUUGACAUAGAUAAAACGGGCGUUUCGCUUCUAAAAUAUUUCACAAGUUCCUCUCUAUAUCUCUAUUAUAUUUCUCUCUCUCUCUCUCUCUCUAUCUCUUUCUCUUUCUCUUCAUCUGUCUCGUAUAUUUUUCUGCAAACGUAAAUCGAACACACGAAGCUGAGUUUUUAUAUUAAAAUGAGCUGCACAUGGCGCAAGCUAUGCGCACGUGCGCGCUUUCUAACGAAUUGUCAGGCGUAAAAUGUCAGAAAUAAACACGCGUAGGUGUACACCUAAAAACUAAAAAGCCGGAGUAGAUGAAAAUUCAAUAAUAAAUGAGAGUACAGUUGCACCACCAUGAUACAUGAGUGCGUGUUUUUUUUUUUAUUCCUUUGUUGUAUUGUGUGUGCGUGUUUACACAGAGACGUGAUAUACACUGCAGGGUGCGGGUGUGCAAUCGCAUAAGGUACGGUGACAAAUACGAAUGCGAUGAUUAUUUUAUGCCCUCGAAAGUGUCACGAGUUUUUACUAAAAAACGAAUGAAAAAACACAAGAAAAAACAGGUAAAUAAACAAAUGAAUUAAACAUAAUUAUAAAUAGCGAAUAAAUGAAGGGGAUAAAAGAGGAUCGAUAUGCACGCGCGACUGUCCUAUAUGUGCAAGCGUAAAAGCGUAUGAGAGUCACAUUUUAAUGAUCCCAUGUUUCGUGGAUAUAUGAUUGACACCUCGAGUUCCGCCCAUAAUCGAAAUCGAUAAUUAUUCAUUAUAACGCUCGUUUUAACAAGUUUUUAUGUAAUAUUUAAAAAAAAAAAAAUUAAAACAUAAUUAUAAUAAUGAUAAACGAGCUCGUCCCGGGGCUAUAUGUGUCCUCUGAAUUUUGUGCGCGAUAUACACUUUACACGCGUGUGUAAUAUUUUUGUUCAAUGAAUUUGAAAUACCACAAAGCGCCUAUUUUCAAGUUAAAAAAAAAACAUACGAGAAUUGUCCUUCAACUAGAGUACAAACGAACGAAAUAAAAAAAAUAGGGGGAGUACUGCACGCGAAGAGAAAGAGAGAACGAGAGAGAAACAGAGAGAGAGUAGUAGCACGAGAGAAAAGAAAGUAUCCUUAAAUUGUUCCGAAUGAAAAAUAAAAAUAAAAUCGCUUAAUUUUAAUCCGCGCAUCGCGCUGUAUUUUUCUCGAUGCGUAACACAAAAAUAUUAACAAACGAACGAUGUACAUCGAUCGAGGCGUAUUUACGCUUAAUAAUCGUCGCAAGCUCGUUCUUUUGAUACAAUACGGGGCGUUACGUAAAACAAGAAUACAUAGAAUUCAUUCAUAAAAAAAUUGUCACUUAAUUCGCGUGCAUCAGCUGUAUACGCGCGCAAACGAGGAGGAGAGAGAGAUGAUUUUUUUCUCCUUCGCGUCGAUGAAGCUACAACUGCAUCGCGGAGUCGAUUGCGCAACGAUCUGGAGCAACGGCGCGCGCGCGAUCGCAUGUGUCGCGCGCGCUUGCGAGCGCAUCGUGUGGAAGGUCGGCUCGCGGCCCCCUUUCGGUUUCGCGCGCCGAUUCCUCCUCGCUGCAGCAGCAGCAGAUCCGACACGCUAAACGUUGUAAGGAUUCAUUGAUCGCUUUGGCUUGCGAGUUACUUUUUCUUAUGCACGUAUACGAAUAUAUACGUAUAGGCUGAACGCGCGAUGCAUUAUAUUAUAAUACGUUCGUUCGCUUCGAAGCUUCUUACGAGCCGAGGCUCUUUACUUUUCCGUUCCUCGCUCAUAAGACAUAUCAGAGUUUUCGAGACUUCGAUCGUUGUUUUGUAAUAUUGUUGAUAUAUUAGCACGACGAUGAUUUGAAAUUUUGUCAUUGUAUGAUCAUGAUUUACCCAACCGCAAUGGAAUUAAAAAAAUAAAUAAAUAAAUAAUAUACACAGUUUUUGAAAUUUCUCAUCGUGUAGCUCAUCGGCCUAUUACCCAUAAUAUUAUAUACUCGCGGCGUGUAAUAAGUAAGAACUAUCGUACCAAGAUGUUGAUUCACGAGUGAAUUUUUUAAAGGAGCAUAUCAUGUGACUGACGACGAGAAAAUAAAAUAAAAUACAAAAAUAUAAUAUAUAUAUUUCUACAAGCUAAGCUAUGAGAAUUGAACUCGAUGAUACCAUCUCGAUUCACGGAGAGAAA